AUGGGCCAUGCUGAUGCACUCAACCAACUGUCUUUGCCUCACACAGACCCUGACCCAGCAUCUGCAGCUCUCAUCCUGGCAAUCCAGGAUCUCUCUGAGACUUCCCUUCAUGCAGGAGAUGUGGCUGCUGAAACUGCCACUGACAGAACACUCACUCAUAAAGGCUGCUUGCUAUGGGGAAGCAGGGUGAUAGUCCCACCCACAUUAAGAGCCAGAAUUUUAGAAUCUCUGCAUCAGGGUCAUCCAAGCAUAGUUAGAAUGAAGGCACUUGCUAGGAGUUACUUGUGGUGGCCUGACCUGGAUAAGGACAUAGAGGCUCAAAUAAGGAGUUGCCAAGUCUGUAAGGAGACCCGACCAGAAAUGCCUCAAGCACCAGUGCAUCGCUGGGAGGCCACACAAACUCCUUGGUCUCGCAUGCACAUAGACUUUGCAGGACCCUUCCAAGGACAGGUGUUUCUCAUUGUUGUAGAUAGUUACUCUAAAUGGCUAGAGGUAGCAUCUGUCCCAUCUAUGACUACUGUCAGGACCAUUCAGGCACUGCGCAGAAUCUUUGCCCCACACGGCUUGCCAGAUGUGAUUGUGUCUGAUAAUGGGAACCAAUUCAUAGCAGCUGAGUUCCAGUCCUUCCUGAGGACAGCAGAUUUUCUACUCUGCCAACAUACUACUCCUUGCACCACUAUGGGCCACAGUCCAACAGAACUGAGAUGGGGACGUCAGUUGACCACCAAGCUGGACCAUCUCCACCCUGACAGGGCUGCUGCAGAAACAUCGCAACCCAAGCCUCCAAGAAGUUUGCACCUUGGUGAGAAAGUAUGGGCGAGAAACUAUGGGCUGGGGACACUUUGGGUGGUAGCUGUGGUUUCAAAGGUGUCAGGGCCACUGUCUUAUGAAGUGGCCCUGGAUGAUGGUUGUGUGGUUCGAUGCCACAUAGACCAAUUGUGGUGGCGGCAGGCUAGCUAG